CUUCUACGGAAGUUGGAGUUAAAGUACGUCUUACGUCAGCAACAUUCCAGAUAUUUCGCCAUAAAACAUACUCUGCCCAUCGGUAGUGCGUGACAACAUCAUUUUGUGAUUGGCAGAGGUUUUUCCAUUUUUACUGCCCUGUCUAAACCACAGCUAUGGUGUGCAUUCCCUGUAUUGUGAUUCCUGUCCUCUUGUGGGUCUACAAGAGGUUCCUGGAGCCUUAUCUCUAUCCUUUUAUUUCACCCAUUAUUAAUAUAUUCUGGAGCAAAAAGGCAGUGCAGGAGACCAGUACUAAUGACCAAAAAGUUAGUGAAAAGAGUAAUGGGACUUGCAAGCCUGAAAGCAACGGCGAGGCCACUGCUAAUGGAUCUACUAUAGCAACGGAUAAGAAGACAGACUGACACCUCAAAAUAUAUUCAAUGCUUCAUAAACCAUGUAAAUAUUUCAUUCUUCUAGAGAAACUAUAAAUUAACUUAUAAAGCAUCUUGGAAUUAAUUGGAUUUUAUAACCUUCCAAUUGUUAUUUGGAGCUUGUUUUUAUUUUUGUCAUCCAUCUUGUUGAUAUAUUUUCUGUUAAUCAUGAAUUGAUACAUCUGUUUAUUGUAUUGAAUGAUAUAGAUUUUGUAAGUUAAACUUUAAGCAUAAAUAAUGAAUAAAAUAAACAAGACCUCUUAA